UUAAUAUCCCUUGGUUUUAGAAGAAAUUCUCAGGAGCAUGCCGUUUACAUGAAGCAUACUGAAAAAUCAAGUCUACUUGUGGGAGUCUAUGUUGAUGACUUGAUUGUGACAGGUUCUGAUGUUCAGUGCAUUGAAGAAUUCAAGGCUCAAAUGAAGGUAAAAUUUGAUAUGAGUGAUCUUGGCUUGUUGAGUUUUUAUUUGGGCAUUGAAGUGAUACAGACUGAUGAUGAGAUAAGAUUAUGUCAAAAAUCUUAUGCAUUAAAGAUCCUUGAAGAUAUGGGAAUGGCAGAUUGCAAUCCAGUGCAAACUCCUAUGGAAGCCAGAAUCAAGCUUACCAAAUCAGGUACACAUUCUUUGGUAGACUCAACUCAAUAUAGGAGUAUUGUUGGUAGCUUGAGAUACUUGACUCAUACACGGCCAGAUAUUAUGUAUUCUGUUGGAAUUGUGAGUAGAUUCAUGGAGACUCCUAAUUCUGAGCACCUUGCUGCUGUGAAGAGAAUUUUGAGGUAUGUGAAAGGGACAACAGAAUAUGGUUUGGUGUAUCCAAAGAGGCAAACAGAAGGAGGACUAAUUGGCUUUAGUGAUAGUGAUCACGCAGGAGAUAUAGAUGACAGGAAGAGCACUACUGGGAUGGUCUACUUUUGGGGUCCACAUGUGAUUAGUUGGGCUUCACAGAAACAAAAGAUAGUGGCUUUAUCAUCUUGUGAAGCAGAAUAUGUAGCUAUCACUUCUGCAGCUUGCCAAGGAAUAUGGCUUAGUCGCUUACUAAGUGAAUUGAAAGGGGAAGCAGAGAAGACAGUGAAGUUGUUGGUUGAUAACAAAUCUGCGAUUGCUAUGAGCAAGAAUCCGGUGUACCAUGGAAGGUCUAAGCAUAUUGAUACUCGCUAUUAUUUCAUCAGAAGUUGUAUUGAGAAGAAACAGAUUGAAGUGGACUAUAUCAGAACAGAAGAGCAGUUAGCUGAUAUAUUCACCAAGUCUUUGGGAAGAAUGAAGUUUAUAGAGAUGAUCAAAAAUAUUGGUCUGAAAAGCUGCAAGUUUGAAUGACAAGAUUAGGGGAGGCAAUGUUAAUCUAAUCUUUGUCAUUUGUGUUAAUCUUAUGUUUAAGUGUUUUAACUGAACAACAGUUAUUAUUUAGUUUUUAAAAGCAAUAACUGUAUAACAGUUAUUUAGUUUGCUUUGUACCGCCAUUUCCUCCUCCCUCUGUAUUUUUAGGCUAUAGUUGCUUUUGCUUUUUAUAUAUAUAGAAGAGUGCAGGUUUUGUAAGUAAGAAGAAGAAAACAGUUUUUCUUUUUGAAUUGAAUAGAAGGAAAAGUUUGUGUGAAGAGAAAAACGGUCCAACAGAUUUUUUUUUCUUUCUCUGCUUUGUUUUCUUGUUCUUUGCUACCGGUAUAGAUCCUUCCAAACAAUGCUCUCCCGCUCCCAGUCUUCAUCCUGCCUUUAGAACCUCCACAAGAACAAGCAGAAAGCACUAUUUUAGGGAUUUUGAUAUUUUUUGAAUAUUCUUUGCAUGAUUCAAUGGAGGGCAAUGAAACCUACUCUGUUGAUCAUUUGUCACCAAAAAGU